AGCAGUGGUGGCGCUUUCCUCCCCGCCCCGAGCGAGCAUGGCUUCGUCGCAAGGCAAGGCUGAGCUGAAAUUCGCAGACUGGAUGGCAAGUUUGCCCCCGAGCAUCCACAGCGUGCCCCUCUCCAAUCUGGCGAUCCCAGGGUCUCAUGAUUCAUUUAGCUUCUACAUCGAUGAAGCCUCUCCAGUUGGACCUGAGCAACCAGAAACUGUCCAGAACUUUGUCUCCGUGUUCGGAACGGUGGCUAAAAAGCUGAUGAGAAAAUGGCUGGCAACACAAACGAUGAAUUUUACAAGCCAGCUGGCAGCAGGCAUACGAUAUUUUGAUCUCAGAAUCUCCACAAAGCCCAGAGACCCUGACAAUGAACUCUACUUUGCUCAUGGUCUGUUCAGUGCCAAAGUCAAUGAAGGUCUUCAGGAGAUCAGUGCCUUUCUUGCUGACCAUCGUAAGGAAGUGGUCUUCUUGGACUUCAACCACUUCUAUGGAAUGCAGAAGUGUCACCAUGAAAAACUGGUCCAAAUGCUCAAAGACACUUUUGGGAGUAAAAUGUGCCCUGCUAUAUUUGCUCAUGAAGUUUCUCUCCAGUACCUCUGGGAGAAGGAUUACCAAGUAUUGGUAUUUUAUCACAGUCCAGUGGCCCUGGAGGUCCCAUUUCUAUGGCCAGGACAAAUGAUGCCAGCGCCAUGGGCAAACACCACAGACCCAGAUAAACUGAUCCAGUUUCUCCAGGCGUCAAUCACUGAGAAAAGAAAGAAGGGCUCUUUUUUUAUAUCUCAGGUGGUGCUGACCCCAAAGGCUAGCACGGUGGUCAAGGGGGUCACCAGUGGUCUCAGAGAAACAAUCACAGAAAGAGCUCUCCCUGCCAUGAUGCAGUGGGUCCGAACUCAGAGAGCAGGCGAAAGUGGUAUCAACAUCGUCACGGCUGACUUCGUAGAACUUGGCGACUUCAUCAGCACAAUCAUAAAGCUGAACUACAUCUUGGAUGAAGGCGAACCUGAUACAACUUGAUAGUACCGUAAUGUGACCCAAUAUGCUUUUCUGUGGAACUUUUCCCAGUUGUGUUAGAUUGUAAUCUUAUGUGACAGAUUUCGCAAGCACAUACCGAAUUUUUCUUUUGAAGUGUUGAGAACUUGGAAAGAGUGGGUAAAAGGGGACCUUUUUUCUCAUUUGUUCGGAUCAUUUCUUGACAUCGACUAUCUUGUGUCUCGUGAAACCCAACCAGGUUUCAGUCACACUUCUUUUCCACCGAGAGAAAGCCAUUAACAAAUAUACCAUUAACAACCAAAUGUGCUUUUGGCCAUCUUGACAAUGAUUUGCUGUGUUUAAUUCAUAAAUGGCAGCCAAGUAUUGACUUAGUGCAAUAGUUUUUCCAUUGUCAUUAUAAUGUUUGCUAUGGAAUGAAAACAGUGUAUUAUCCUGCCAAGGUGCUCCAUUAGCCAGCGUGCUCCGUUUUAUUAAUGUUGCACUAUGUAUAGCAUUAACUGGUGGCAUCAGGUCUCUUGGACUUGGGGGGGGGGAGGGGAGGAAGAGAAGACAUGUUCAA